AUGAGCUCCCGCGACCGCUCUCGUGGACAUCCGUCCGCUUCACCACACCAGGACCGCCGCGCCGGGGGAGAGAUGCGCAACGGCUCAGGCACAAUGCAUCCGUCGUCCGGGUCCUCGAGGGCAGAGAGGUUCGAGGACGAGAAGAGGAGGAUAAUUCAAAGCUGUUUCUCGAAGAAGGACGCCGACGGGUCGACACUCGAGUCGUACAUUACCCAUAUCCGUAUCACGGAGGAUGCAGCCUAUCCAUCAGCGCCGCCUCCCGUCAACUCGCCGCCGGAAAAUAAGAAACCGAGAGCGAUCAUCGUCUCCGUGCGGAAAUCGGGUCGAGUCCGCAUGCACAAGUCGAGAGAGAACGGUGAUGGCACAUUCUCGAUAGGGAAGACGUGGAUGCUGGAUGAUCUAUCGCGUAUCCAGAUAUACGACCACCUAACCCCUUCAAACCAGACCGAACAACAGCAGAAGUCAUGGGCUGCGGACUUGGGAUUCAUCGUUACCAUCACGAAACCAUAUUACUGGACUGCAGCGACAUCCAAAGAGCGAGACUUCUUCAUUGGCAGUCUUGUAAAGAUAUACAGAAAGUAUACCGGCGGAAAGGUUCCAGACCUCAUUGGGCUGGAUCCGAGCGAGAAAGAAGCGCUUGUUGGGAGUUUGCCGUCGAGUUCACAACCUCCGCCGCAACCCCAGUCUCAACCUCAGUCUCAAUCCCAGGCCCAAUCCCAACCUCCAGCGAGGGCCCAGGAUCCAAGGUUGAUGCACCUUGAUAACAGGAAACCUCGCUCGCGAUCACCUUCAGCGGCACCAAGCCGUGACCAAUCUCCAUAUUCAACUCUACCUCCCAGUCGAGAUGGCCCACCGGAAGCACGGAAACAGUCGUCUAGGGAGCAAUUCCUACAAAACAAGCCGAGCCAGGACCCAAUGCCGCGUGGUCCGCCUCCCACCGGUUUGCUACCACGCAUACCGGGUGAUAACAGUCAACCCGCCAGACCUGGGCCCCAAACACCACCUGUAGAGCAACUAUCGAGGAAAUUGGCUGAAGCUCCUUCAACAGAAAACCUCGUGCCAUCCCCGGCAACGUCUGAACAUCCACAAACGCUACCAAACAGAACGUAUAAAGCUCUUCCAUCACCAGCUUUAUCACCUGUGUCAGACGGGGGAUUAUUGCCAAACAAAACAUAUACUCCUAUGCCGGCUCCGGCACUAUCACCCAAGUCGGAAGAGAGGCCACAUGCAUAUGGCCAAAACAAACAGCCUAGUCUAGAUAGUGGCGAGCUAUCACCCUUUAGCAAACCGGCGCAAACACGGCCGUCGACCAGCGAAUCAUCGUUGCCAGCAUCGUUGCCGGCAUCGUUGCGGCCGGCGUUCGACAGAUCUCCCAGCUACGAUCAGAAGAGCAUCAAAAGUAACGACGGCGAUGAUGAUAGGUAUAAAGGGCCCCCUCCCUCCCGGGAGCCCCCUAAAGUUGAACCACCCCCCGUGGCCAGGAACAUACCACAACCCGAACCACCAAAAGCAAGAUCAAAUGCAAUCAACGGGGAUACUGCUCCAGAUUCGAGAGAAAUGACAGGUCCAGCUCGAGCCCCUGAACCCAGUGCGCCGCUGGCAAAAACCGAGUCAUCUCCAGAGCAACCUAAACCACCACCGAUCAUAAAUGUCCCCGCUACGACUGCAAGUAGCACAUCUCUUCCAGAAACCGAGACAGAAACCCAAGCUCACCGACCUGGCCUCGGUCCUAUGAUGAAGAGCAAGGGCGGUGCAAAGGACGUGGCCAAUGUCCUGCGCAAAGCCGCAAAUGCAUACAACGCAUUUAGACCUAGGGCAGGCGGCGCAGCGGAGCGUCUCCUGGCUGCCAAAGAGAAGGAAAAGACGGAGGGACCGGACGGGAUCACCGGCGUCGUGCCUGCGCCUUUACUGAGGGGCGCCAGCGCAGAGGCUACGAACAAAGCAUCCACGGAGCCACCAAAGGUGCAGGUUACAGAUUCGAGCACAGGGAAAGAAGUUUCAUUUGGCAAGACUACAGAGUCGUCGUCCUUGAAGAGGAAGGAAAUGAAGCCUGUUCAACCGCCGCGAGAGGACAAUACCAAAAAGUCCUGCAGUGCGCUUGGAAUCGAUCCGGCCAUCCUGGGCGGUCGAGGCGUGGAGUUUGACUGGCUCCUGACAGACCUAGGAUGGGACGGCAGACUGACCAAGGACAAGGGCAUCGAGGCACUGGAGACAGAUAUCCGUCGAGAGAUAGGCCGCGUGCAAGCCAGCAGUUGGCUAAGCCAGCUCCAGUCCUCCCACGACGGAAGAGUCGACCAGUUAGCUAAGCUGCUAGACCGUGCGAUGGACGAGUGCGAUGAACUUGACGGCCUGCUCACGCUGUACUCUCAUGAACUUGAUACUCUCUCUGAAGACGUCAACCACAUCGAAUCCCAGGGCCAGGGGCUACAGACCCGUCUCGCCAACCAGCGACUCCUCCAAUCCGAGAUCCAGGCCAGGGUCAAAUCCCACAGCGGCUCUCGAUGA